GUACGUAAACAUCGGCUCCGUGUUUGAAAAUUAUUAUUAAUUUUAAUAUCGCGUAAAUCAUAUUGAAGGUUGUGUAAAUGUGACCUCUCAAACACCCACUGUUCCUACAACUGUUAUCCACCUAAUAUAUACAGUGCAAACAAUAAACAAAACAAUAAAUAAAAAGCAAAGUGUGAGCAGCGGUAGCAGUGUAAGCCAUAUUACGAACAGUGUGAUAUCGUUGAUUAAUGGGUCAAUUGAGGCUGGUGGUAGCAAAAUAGCAGUGAUAAAAGUGACUAUAACAAUCAAAAAGUGAGAUUGAGCAGUUACUCAUAGUGAUAGUGCAAAUUAUUGUUUUUUUUUUUCAAACCUACCCUACAUCCCAUUAUUUAAUAUCAAGAAUUUUUUCCCGUACAGUAAUCGUAUUUCGCCGAUAUCGUUUGUGAAUGAAUGGUCUAUUUGAUUAUACAGUGGACUUGAGUGCAACGAGAACCGAGUUCGGAUCCCACAUUAGACCAUUAGCUUUUGCAACUUUUAUUUUAGUUUUUAAUACAAAUUUUAUGGAUUUUUUUUAUAUUUUUCAUUUUUAUUUUUUUUUUAAUAUUAUUUUCAAAUUUUUAUAUACUAUAAAAACAUUUUUAUCAGAACAUUACUUGUACUAUUAUGGCAUCGAUUGGUGAAUGUUCUGGAUGUCGCAACGUUCUCGGCGACGAACCCUAUCUUGGAUGUUUUAGCUGUAGGGCGAAAUAUGACCUUGUCUGUGCAAAUAUGACCUCCAACGAUUAUAAGCAAAUGAACGCUAACCAAAAAGCGUCAUGGAAAUGCCCUGAAUGUUGCUGCAAGGAGCCAAAAAUAGGCAACGUUAACACUCCUGUGCGUUCGACUCAAUGCUCGAUCACAAAGAGUCAAGAAGAGGAUGUACAGGGGCAAUCUAAUGUCACUGUACGCAAAAGGCCCACAAAAUCGCCGCUGAAAUCGUCGCAGAGGCCGCUGCAUAAGCAGGUGCAGAAAUUACCACCAAAACUAUCACAGAAAGCGGCAGCGCAAUCUUCCCAAAAGUCGCCGCCAAAAUUGCAGUUGCAGUCAACUCUUGGGCCGCCGCAACCGCAACCUCAGCUCUUGGAACCUAGUAGUCCUGUCACUGAAAAUAAACUACGUGAGAUUGUGCAACAGGAAACCUGUACUACGCUAAAUCUCAAAAUCAAAAAAAUUGUAGCGGCUGAGCUCAAGAGUGUUAUCGAUACAAUGAAUAGUUUCAGAAAUUCUCUAGAAUUUGUGAAUAAAAAGUAUGAAGAGAUGAAAUCUAAAUACGAAAAUGCAAUUGCAACUGUCACCGAGCUAAGACAUGAUAACGAAAGUUUAAAAACUACCAUCAGAGAUCUCACUACCCGAGUCAACGUCGCUGAGUUGCAUAUGAGGGACUCAAACAUUGAGAUAAAUGGUAUCCCGGAAAGUAGAUCUGAGAAUCUGGUCACCACCGUCAUUCAACUAUCCAAGGUCAUCGAAAACCCGCUCACUAAAGAAGACAUUAACCAUGCUGUCAGAGUUGCUAAAAUCAGCAAUGACAAUCCACGUCCUCGACCAGUGAUUGUUAAGUUGCGUAAUCCUCGUUCCCGUGACGACAUCCUGGCAGCGGUCAGCAAAUUUAAUAGGAAAAAUACCGAGAAGAGGCUUUGCACACAGCAUCUUGGAAUAGGAGGAACUGUCGGUCCUAUCUACGUUUCGGAACAUUUAAGUCCAACUCUGAAGUCACUUCACGCUGCAACUCGUAUUAAAGCCCGGGAAAUGUGUUAUAAAUUUGUCUGGGUUCGUAAUGGUCGGAUCUUCGUUAGAAAAGCAGUGGAACACCAAGCUAUUGUAAUUAAAAAUAUUGAUAGUCUUAAGCUCUUAGUAUAAGUUUGUUAAUGUAUUAUAGGAACUAAUUUGUAUUAUUGAUGAUCACAAUGCUUGACAUAUACUACCAGAAUGUACAAGGCCUUAGAACUAAGACUAAUGAAAUUUCUAAAAAUAUUCUGAUGUCGAAUUAUAAGGUCAUCGCCUUCACUGAAACUUGGCUCAAUUCAAGUAUUUCUGACGGCGAAUUGAUCGACGAUAGGUACGUGAUCUAUCGGAGGGACCGAACAAGUAGUGAUAACCCUAGGAGGGAAGGCGGCGGGGUGCUUUUAGCCGUUUCCAAGGACUUACCGUCUGUUCGUGUCAGGGAGUGGGAGACGGGUCUGGAGGACUUGUGGGUCACCCUGCAAAUUCAUACUAGCUCAUGUACAAGAAAGCUUGCUGUAUGUGUCGUAUAUCUUCCUCCACCAGUUAAAACUGAAACUCUUGCGUCCUUCUUGGAUGGCGCAGAUAAUGUUGUCAAUCGUGCAGAUGAUGUUGUGAUCCUGGGUGAUUUCAACUUGGGGUUUAUUAACUGGAA